AUGGCAGCCCUUGCCGCCCCUGCCCUGGGAAAUCCAGCAUACUACUACUGGCGACAAUAUAUCUCUCCUCCAAUGCAUCCCGCCGAUGCUGGUACCACCCACAUCAACAAUUUCGCUCCAUUCAGUGUCCAUGUGGAUGUAGAACCAUAUGGAUACCAAUACUAUAUUGCACCUGGGCAGCAGCAAUCGGUUCCAGGCGUACCAGUCGCGGACAUCAAAUUUAACGACCAGGUAGAAGUGAGCUAUGUUUCUGGCGAUGAAGGCACGUUUAACUAUGUCAUCAAUCCGAUUGGUGGUGAUUUCCCUGCAUGUGUCCAGGUUUCGCCGAAUGGAUGUGGAUCUUCGACCUGGUGCCCUAACAAGCCCGCGACGGCUCCAGUGACCUGUCGCGCUGGUACCGAGCUGCCAGUAACCUUGUUUGCUCCUAGCUCUAUGAAGAGGAAGAUCCCACAUGAAUUCCUGCUGUAA